AUGCUGCGCCCGAACGCUGCUUCCGUCUUCCAGUCACACUCUUCCCAAUUUGCGCAGCAUCAGCAAGCAUCAGCCACUGUAUCUGAAAGCUCAUCUGGUCGAGUGUCACCCGCACAGCCAUCAUCUAGCAUGCAGUCGACCUCCAGAAACCCAUCCUACUCUUCGCCUCUGACCGCCACCUCGUACCUCAGCACAUCGCCUUCCUAUCCCACAAUUUCUUUACCCGAUGCGGUUCCGCCAAGACACAGUUCCAGAGCACAGACAUCGGCCACAGCAGAGGUGGACGGAGCUCGAACGUCCCUGGCUCGUAUGCAGCUCCAUCAGAUGCAGGACGAAGCGCGUCGUCUCGGUUUGAACGAGAAGAGCGCAGGCUGGCUCAUCCUCGAAGCUCUGCAGGCUGCCACUGAAGGCGAGUGGGCCGCGAUCGCAGAGCUGCUUGCCAGCGGUGAAGCCACGCUCCUGCUUCCUCGUGAUCCUCCUUCCGUCUUCACUUCGGCUUCACAACUCAGCGCGUCAUUUGCGUACGAUCACUGCAUCUUCAACGCAUCAUCUGCAUCGGCUGCGACGCCGUUACCUUCCGUUGUGCCCGCUUCAGCAUCUUCUCAGGAGUCACUUCCGAUCUUGACACUCUCAGGACUACGGGGCAGCCUCUCAGCUGCAGCAAGGAUAGAAUCGAUGGCGAAGGAUCAGGGCACACAAACCGAAACAUUCGAGCUCACUCUGCAGUCCUUCGUGGUCAAGACUUCGCAGAGCCCGAUCUCGAAUCUUAAAGAUGCAGCUGCUCGACAAGAAGUGCUCGAGACGCUUGCUCCGCUACCGAAUGUCACCUCGCCCGAGGAUGCUGAUUGCUGGUACCCUUCCUUCACCUUGACGGCUUCCAAUGCGCAAUUUCCCCUUCCUCCGCCGCUCAAUGCACGCACAACUGCUGCUGGGAGUCAGGCAGGCAUUACCAAUCGCGGCCGCUCCAAUUCCAUGCUCAAUGCUGCAGGCUCAAGGGCCUCGGCAUCCUUUGCGAGCAUAUUUGGUGGGAGUGGGCGAGAGCGUAAACGACAGGCCGAAGCUGCAGGGACGGCCGAUUUGGAAAUGGUCGAUGCACAAAAGCUUUCUGCCAACGCCGUGUCUACAGAAGCAGGGUCAGCGCCUGGAGUGGACGCUCCCGUGGAAGGAUCGCAGACCGAGGUCGGUGCCCAGCCAUCGUCUAGCCUCGGCGUGGAUAUGCGUGCUGACGCCCAGGUCACCUCGAACGAAGGAGCAGCGGUCGCCGAGGAAAGCACAACUGACACAGCUGGCCGGAGGACUGUCUCGGUAUGGGUCGUUGACCACCUCGUCCGUCGCUCGGCCGUGAUGCGGACGGUCAGGAAGACGCUCGAUGCACGCAUCAAGAAGAGGCUGUCUCUGAACGACAUUCCCGAACCUAUCUCUGUUGUAGUCGCAAGCUUCGCUGCCACGUACUUGCCGCCUGUACCUUCGCUCAGCAACGCACAAUCUUCAAGAUCCGCUGAUGCUGACAGGAGUCACAACAGCAACGCGAAUCAGUCUCGAGCCCCCUCGCCUUCAACGGUCGUCAAUCCGCCCUACCUCGCAGAUAGCGACGAGAUGUCAGAGACCUUCCAGGACUUUUUCAACAGCAUCCGCGACCAGCUAUACAAGCUCGAUUCCACCGAGGUGAACCUCGCGCAAGAACAUGACGCUGCGGCUGAACUAGCAGAUGCAUCGUCUGCCACAGCAAGGCUUGAUUCGCAGCGCGAUCAGCACGAUCGAGUGGAACAGCAGCUCGGGGCAGUGGAGAGUGUACUCUGUGAAGAAGUGUACGAUCGUAUCUUCUGCCCCGCUACAUCACGAGAUCGGUUCCACGACGAUGCACUGGCGUCGCGCAUCGCUGCAUUGAACGUUCUAGGAUUGUCGCUGCGCCACCUUGGACUGGACGUUCCUUCGCAGCGAUCACAGGGCGACGACAAAGAGGCAAUCGAAAGCAAUUUGUUGCUCGACGGGCUCGACCGCAUCGUUCAGCAGUGCGGUACAGAGCUGCAACGGCUCGAGAGUGGUUUUUGUCGCUCUCCGCAGGCCAAGCUCGAAGUGCUGGUUCGAGCGCACAAGAUUGCAGUUAAAGGCGUGGCUGACCUGCCGAGCAUCAAGAUGCGAGACGAUGACGAUGCUGCCGAGACAAAGGAAGAAGCUGCUCCUUCACCAGCGAGCAAGAAGACAGGCGACUCAACGAGCGCGGAUCUGAUCCUGCCGAUCCUUAUCUACAGCAUCGUCUGCUCCAACCCAUCGCACUUGGCGAGCAAUCUGCUCUACAUCCAGCGGUUCCGCGCAGAGAGUCUGGUGCAAGGAGAGACCUCGUACUGCCUCGUCAACGUUCAGGCGGCUGUAGCAUUCCUCGAGAAUGUCGACGUCAAGGAUUUGGGAUUGGACUCGAGUCAGAUCGGAGCCCAUCUGCGAUCUCAUAACGAGACCGGGUCGCAAACACCUCGCUCGUCGACCGUACAGCCUCUAGAUCGUUCUCCGCAGAUGACCGGUGCCUCAUCAGCAACUCUCGCCAUGCCAUCGCGCAUCCGUGGUCGACUGACACAGGAGAUAGGCGAUCUUGCUGGCGCAAGCAACAAGGUCAUCACUGGUGUGAUGGGGUCGAGCAUCUCGGCGUUCAGUCGGAUGAUGGGUGCCAAUGCCAAUGCCGCGGAGGCAAAUGGUGAAGGUCCGACGCAAAGAAAGCGUUCGAAGAGCAGUGCGUCGUUGCAGCCACAACAAGAAAGCGUUCUUGCUUCGCCUGCAACUGUCGCCUCGCGUCCGACGGCAGCGCGGACACGAAUGUCAAGCAGCGUGGCAGCCACGGAUUACUCAAGUGUAGACGAGCAGGCAAGAGAUGUAGCAGGAACACCCACUGCCGACAAACCGAGCAUCGGAGAUCGGCUAGCUAUGCUUGGACGACUGGGUGCUUCCGCGUUGUCUUCGUCUCCUUCGUCGUCGUCGCUUGGACUGGGUCUUCCCUCGAGCGCCGCUGCGGAAACCGGGCUGACUGCACCGUUGUCACCGCAAGCGCCGACGUCGCCCCGAGGUGUUUCGAGGGAGCUACCGGGUCCACCACCACCGACAAAGAAUCGCACCGCCUCGUACCUCGCUUCCCAACUUGGACGGAUCACGGCUCCUCGGAGCACCUCCUCGGCCUCCCUCUCGACUGCUGUCGGAGAGGACGCUGUGGUAAAGAAGCCGGAUAAACCACUUCCGACAUCGCUUAAAUCGCCGUAUCCACCGCUGUCGCGUCCACCGACGGCAGAGAGACCGUUGCACGUGGUGCUGGCGUCGACGGGAAGUGUUGCCUCGGUGAAGAUCCCACUCAUCGUCGAAGAAUUGCUCACGUACGACAAUGUGCGGGUGCAGAUCAUCGCCACAGACAAUUCGUUACAUUUCUACGAUCGACGUCGAAUCGAGGAACUGAACCUUGCAGCUGGUGGCGGGUCGAACUACGACGUCUCCUCACUCGCAGACGAGAACCGACUCGCACCAUCCAGCCUGCCUGCACCUCGGGUGAAGCUGUGGACCAAUGCGGACGAAUGGUCCUCCUUCCGGAGCAUCGGCGAUCCGAUCCUGCACAUCGAACUGCGCCGAUGGGCCGACGUGCUGCUGAUCGCACCGUGCAGCGCCAACACGUUGGCCAAGAUCUGGGGCGGACUGUGUGACGAUCUGCUGACGAGCUUUGUGCGGGCGUUGGAGCGCGGGAAGCGCAAGGUGCUGUUCCCGGCGAUGAACACGGCGAUGUGGGAGAACGAGGUGACGGAGGAGCAGGUGCAGGGGGUGAGGGGGAGGGGUUGGGAGGUGAGCGGCCCGGUGGAGAAGAGGUUGGCGUGCGGGGAUGUGGGGAGGGGGGCGAUGUGUGAGUGGACCGAGGUGGUCGGGUGGGCUGUGAGGGAGGGAGGGUUGGUGAGGCGGGAGAGUGGGGUGGGGAAGAAAGAGGGUGUAGGGGAUGCGGAAGAGGGGGAGACGGAGGAAGGUGCUGGGGUGAACAAGGUCGUGGUGAAAGGCGAUGAGCUGUUGAUGGAUGGGGAGGGAUCGAGGGACACAGCGUGA